GUAACGAAGAAGAAGAAUCCGGCUGUUUUUAUUCUGACUGUACCGUUGGCUGUGUGUUAAGAGACUCCACUUUGUUAUCCUUAAAACCAACUUAUCCGGAGAAUAGCUGUAUGUUUUUUUUCUCUGAAGAAUCAAGUUAAACGCACCUUCAUGAUUUUGCUGCAGUGGUAAUGAUGGCGGGUAGGGGCAGGAUGGUGCCCUGUGCAUGUCUGGGGCUGUUUGGUGUCCUGUGCUGGGUCUGGGUCUCCUUUGCCUCCUUUCCAGAUGAUCAACUUCCCCUGGAGGCUUUGGAUGCAGUGGACCGAGGAGCCUUUCAGCCCCAGAGUGCUCUGUCAGAGAUGGAGUUUGCUUCCAUCACUUCAUACAGAGGACCUGGCAACAGUGACCGCCGGAGCAACAAGGAGCUGCCCAUUCUCCUCUGGUGGAGUGGAGGACUGUUCCCACAUUUCCCUGGUGACUCUGAACGCAUAGACUGUGCCACAUCCUCCUGCCUGGUCACAAGCAACCGCAAGGUCCAGGUGUACAAACGGACAGCAUCCAUCAUUUUUUAUGGAACAGACUUUCGGGCAUAUGAGGCGCCGCUCCCUCGUCUCCGCCAUCAGACCUGGGCACUGUUCCAUGAAGAGUCACCCAUGAAUAACUACAUCCUCUCCCAUGGACCGGGAAUCAGACUGUUCAACUACACUGCCACGUUUCGCAGGGAGUCAGACUAUCCUCUGACCCUGCAGUGGCUGCCUUCUCUGGAUUACUUGCUGCAGCCUGUGACCGUCUCCCUGAAGGAGAAGAACCGGCUGAGGAGGGAAGGCCUGGGUCCUGUGCUCUACAUGCAGUCUCACUGCGAUGUACCCUCAGACAGAAACAGAUAUGUCCAGGAGCUCAUGAAGUAUAUUCAGGUGGACUCCUACGGGAAAUGCUUGAACAACAAACCACUACCUCAACAUCUGGAGGACACGGCCACAGCUACCGGCGAAGAGUCCAACUUUAUGAAUUUUGUUGCCCGCUAUAAGUUUCACCUGGCACUGGAGAACGGCCUGUGUCCAGAUUACAUGACAGAGAAGCUGUGGCGGCCUCUGCAUCAGGGCUGCGUGCCUGUCUAUCGAGGCUCCUCUGUGGUGGCAGACUGGAUGCCCAACGACCAUUCUGCAAUCAUCAUAGAUCACUUCCCCUCGCCCAAAGCUCUCGGGGAAUUCCUCAAACGUCUUGAUGAGAAUGAUAAUGAAUAUGCAAAAUAUUUAGAGUUCAAGAGCCCCAGCCGCAUUACUAACACGCGUUUGUUUGAGGCUCUGGAGACCCGUGAGUGGGGGGUUAAUGACAUGAGUAAACCCAACUACCUGAAUGGAUUUGAAUGUUACGUGUGUGACCAGGAGAAUUCACGGCUGGCGGCAGAACGAGCACACAAGAAAGCCCCCAAGAACAACCAACCUCCUCAGGCUAAAAUGGCUAACAACUCUCACAUGGGGUGCUCCCUGCCCUGCCCGGGGUACGGAGAUGUCAAAGACUUACCUGCAGAUGAUGGAUGGUUGCAAAUAUGGCCUCAGGAUUACUGGCAGAGCCUGGACCAAGCAGAGGGGCUGGAGUCUCUGAUAAGACAUAACGAGUCAGACCCUUCGCUGCUGUGGAAGCACAUCCAAAACAUUGCUGUGAGCAGAGCCAGAGGAAAACACUGACACAGGCCUUGAAACAAACACAGGAUGGAGCACGUCCAGGAUUGCAGAGGUGUCCCAUAUUAUGCAUUCCCUCUGUUUAAAUGAGGGAAUGGAGCAGAAAUUACUAAUAUUUUUUGCACCUUUGCCAAAAACUACUUAUGAGCAAUUUAGUUCUACUGUAACAGAUUUUGAUAUUGUAUUCGGCUGACAUUAUACGUUUGUCCUUUAUUGCCAGUUCAGUAAUGUGAAAAUAAUGUUUUAGAGUUCUAUAUGCCAACCUUUUCAAAUUGUUUAAUUGCUAUAACUGAGGUGCCAUCGUUGCCCUUACUCCGCCUUGCAUUGUUAACAUUAACUGCAUGCAGUUGUUCCUCCGUGGCACAUUCUCAUGGGAGGCAGGUUUUCAUUAUACUGGGGCAGAGCCAAGGGAGCUCUGUCUAACUGUGUGUGGAGACCAUUAAGACAGUAGCCAUCAAAGUGCAUCAGCUUCUUUACAUUUACUCAACAGCUAAUGGUUAUGAGCUAAAGUCACAUUUAUGUGCAAAACUAUUUUAAGUUACUAUGCAAGGAAAUUGUUUCACUAAGGAGUGGCAAAAUGCAAAUGUCAAGUUAAGCACAACUCCCCUAUGGAAAGUCACCACUGCAUUUACAAAGUAGUCCUCAGGAACAGCUUGUCUUAGCAUUUCUGUGGUAUAUAUAUAUAGAUAUAGA